CAAAAAUGCAUGGGUUCGAUUUCAAAGAAAUGCAGGAGAAGAUCACCGAGAGCUUUCGUCCAUGGCAACGCUCUUUUCAAUUCUGGGUUCGAGCUACCAAUAUCUACACUGGCUACAAGGUAUUUUAACUUCGAGUGAGUUUAGUGAAAGAUGCAAAGAAGCAAGAGGAAUUGUGGGAAAGACAACAUGACCAAGCUGCUGACAAAAUUUACUUCAUGUGCUCUGAUCUUGGGGGUUUCUUCCUUAAGGAAUCGUAGAUUGCUCAACUUUUAGCAAAACCUGAUAUGGCACCAGCUGCGUGGGUGAAAAAGCUUGUCACUUUGUGUGAUCAAGCUCCUGCCACACCGUUUGAUGCGGUUCAGCUUGUUCUGGAGAAGGAGUUAGGUAAAAGCAUUGAUGAGAUCUUUGACACAUUUGAUGAAAAGCCUCUUGGUUCUGCUUCUAUUGCUCAGGUUCACAGGACAAGAGUAAAGGGUAAAAAGAUGAAUGUUGUUGUAAAGGUUCAACAUCCUGGCAUCGAAAGCAAUAUACUUAAUAGUUUAUCCCGUGCAUAUGGCCAAAUGAUACUGAAAAGUGGUUUCUUUCAUGCGGAUCCACAUCCUGGAAAUAUCUUGAUUUGUAAAGGUCAAGAGGUUGCACUGCUGGACUAUGGUCAAGUGAAGGAACUCCCUGACAAAUUGAGACUUGGUUAUGCGAAUUUGGUCAUUGCCAUGGCUGAUAACAAUGCUUCACGAGUAUCACAGAGCUUUUGGAUUUCCAGCUUGGUGAAACAGUUAGAAGCUUGCCUCAUUGUCAUCACAUGUUUCACUUACCUUGCAUAGACAAUUGGCUCCUCAGACACGGUUCUUGCCCGAUGUGUAGACGUGACCUUUAAUUUCUCUCUCUCUCCAUUGUCCGUCUCUCAUAAUGCAGUCAAACCGCGCAGUUCAAAUAUUUCUACAGCUUGUACCUCAAGAG